GCGUCCUCCUCUCAGAGUUCUUUCUCUCCGGUAGGGAGUUAGAGAGGCAAGAUGGCGGCUGGCGGGGGCUUGGCCGGCCUUCUGCCCGCGCAGAGCCAGCUGGACUGCGCGCUGGAGGAAGCGACGACGGCUCAGGAGAAGGAGAACCUGGUAUAUCAGCACCUGCGGAAGGUGGACACCUGGGAGCGGGAUUUGAAAGUCCCCGAGUUCGGAGCAGAUUUACAAUGGCUGAAUACAGAAGAAUCACUGUCUCUGUACAAAGACCUUUGUGGCAAAGUGGUGGUGUUAGAUUUCUUCACUUACUGUUGCAUCAAUUGUAUUCACAUACUGCCUGAUCUCCAUGAGUUAGAGCAGAAGUACUCUGUGAAAGAUGGUCUCCUUGUGGUUGGUGUCCAUUCGGCAAAAUUUCCAAAUGAAAAGGUUCUGGAUAACAUCAAAAGUGCUGUCCUUAGAUACAACAUCACUCAUCCCGUGGUAAAUGAUGCUGAUGCAACUCUUUGGCAUGAGCUAGAAGUAUCCUGCUGGCCAACCUUGAUCAUUGUUGGACCUCGUGGGAAUAUGCUGUUCACUCUGGUUGGUGAAGGACACAAGGACAAAUUAUUUCUAUUUACAUCCAUAGCCCUAAAGUAUUAUAGAGAACAAGGACAAAUCAAUGCUAAUAAAAUUAGAGCACAGCUCUAUAGAGACUAUUUACCACCUUCGCCUUUGCUCUUUCCCGGCAAAAUUACAGUGGACAACUCUGGGGACAGAUUGGUAAUAGCAGAUACUGGACAUCACAGGAUUGUGGUUGUCAGGAAAAAUGGUCAAAUUCUGCACACUGUUGGAGGACCAAACAGUGGAAGAAAAGAUGGGACAUUUUCAGAAGCAUUAUUCAGUUCUCCACAGGGAGUGGCUAUAAAGAACAAUAUUAUUUAUGUAGCAGAUACAGAAAACCAUCUGAUUAGGAAGAUUGACCUCCAGUUAGAGAUGGUGAGCACUGUUGCAGGAAUUGGAUUACAAGGCACAGAUAAGGAAGGAGGAGCCAAAGGGGAGGAACAGCCUAUUAGUUCACCAUGGGAUGUAGUCUUUGGAACAUCAGUUUCAUCAACUCAUGAAGAUGAUGUUCUGUGGAUUGCCAUGGCAGGAACACAUCAAAUCUGGGCACUCAUGUUAGAAUGUGGAAAACUACCAAAAGGAAGUGACUUGAAAAAAGGAACCUGCCUCCGGUUUGCUGGGAGUGGAAAUGAAGAGAACCGAAAUAAUGCAUAUCCCCAUAAAGCAGGCUUUGCCCAGCCCUCUGGUCUGACUGUUGCUGCUGAAGAGCCUUGGAACUACCUUUUUGUAGCCGACAGUGAAAGCAGCACUCUGCGCACCAUUUCUCUGAAAGAUGGAGCUGUGAAACACCUUGUAGGAGGAGAAAGAGACCCAAUGAAUUUAUUUGCCUUUGGUGAUAUUGAUGGAGCUGGAAUAAAUGCAAAGCUACAGCAUCCCUUAGGAGUAACCUGGGACAAGAAAAGAAAUCUCCUUUAUGUUGCAGAUUCCUAUAAUCAUAAGAUUAAAUUUGUAGAUCCCAAGAUGAAGAAUUGUGCUACAUUGGCAGGUACAGGAGAAGCAAGCAAUGUCAUCGGUUCCAGCUUCACUUCCUCAACUUUCAAUGAACCCGGAGGCCUGUGUGUUGAAGACGGAGGUUGUUUGCUCUAUGUUGCAGACACAAACAAUCAUCAGAUAAAAGUGCUAGAUUUAGAAACCAAAAUUGUUUCACUGCUACCUCUCCAGAAUGCCAACACCGGAGACAUUCAGGAUGGUCCAUCUGUGCAAAAGACUGAUAAGACAAAAUUACCAAAGCUGCCUAAAUCUGCUCCAAAUCUUCAGCUUCCUUCACUGACUGUGAGCCCUGGCCAGGCACUUCAAUUUGCACUGAAACUCAGCCUUCCUCCAAAUACCAAAUUGACAGAAGAAGCGCCCAGUUCAUGGUUUCUCACAUCAGAAGGCAGUGAAUGGCUGCUUCAUGAACAGGACACAUACGGAGAAAUUGAGGACAUUUGUAAACAGCCUAUAAUCCCAUUGCGAAUACCCAUGAACUGCCUAUCAUCUGAAGUUGUACUGUCAAUCAAAGCGUGCCUCUAUUACUGUAGCAAGGACAGCAGUGCCUGCAUGAUGAAAGGAGUCUCAUUCAACCAGACUUUCCACAUAGCUAAUUCAAGCCAAGGUAGAACAUCUCUGAUUGAGCUUAUAUAUGCAUUUUAACUAAGCCAAAGCAAACAAAAAAACCACUUAUUUAUGUUUUAUUUACUACUGCCUACUUUUAAAACAGGAAUAAAUUGUUUGUUGAUUUGCGAUUUUCCCCUUCCCCCACCUUUUCACUUCUGGUCUACCAGCAGAGUGUAACAAAUUUAGACAUGUAGUUUGGUGCCAAGUUCACCUUGAAAGCUUGUGGAAAAUAACUCUGAUAAGUGUGAUCAGAUGAAGUAGAAAUGCAUUGUGCUGAAUCAUGCAAAGUGUAAUAAAAUUCUAGUCCUUUAUUUCUUGCAGCAUAAGCAAUAAAUGCAGAAGUGGGUUUGGGUCAUUGUGUGAAUAGUGGAUAAUCUUAACAAGGAAUCCAAUACUGUAAUAUCAUAUAAGAAAUUUGCUAUUAAGUAUGGUCGGAUUCAUUUGGAGCUAAACAAAAGCCUAAGUGUAUUUUUCUCCUGGAAUAAAUGGUUGAAAUGUGGAUAUAUAUUUUUCUCGAUUAAAAACACUAUGUUUUCCCCAUAAUAUUUUGUAUUUAAGGAACUGGUGUAUUCUGAAAUGAUCCUAAAGUGAGCUAGGCUUAUUUUUUAUGCAAAUAAUCUCAGUUAUAUAAAACUAACUUAUGCCUUAUGUUUUCUUGAUAACAAUUUAUGAGAGGUCCAUGUUUGUUUUCUAUUACCUAUCUAUUUAGCAGUGGCAUUCUGUAUUUUUUCGCUAACUGCCAUGUCUAUUCACAUAUAAUGGUGAAAACUUCAGUAUUUAAUUAUUUUAGGCUAAUUAUUUUAUUAUUUCCUAAUAUUAAGAUUUCUUGUUCAGAUUUUUGGCAGUGCUGUGUUAAAACCAAAUGGACAUUGACCACACUUUGUAUCUAUGCCAGACUUUAUUCAAAGCUUUAUUCAUGUUUCCUUAGCACCAUUAUGCUUUACAAAAGGCAUUUGAGUUUUUGAUAGCAUCACUUAGAUUUAUAUGUUACUUUGAAAGUCUUGGGGCAUCGUUAUCAUUGAUUUGUUAAUAAUACUCAAGUUCUUCCAAGAGGCCAUUAAAAUCAUUGUUCACCAAAAUUACUAGUUGCUGGAGUCUAUGAUGGAUUUAACACAAAGCUCAGUGGAAGUAAAUCAAUAAUCUUUGCAUUUGGUUGCCACCAGCCUUACAUAAAGAAAAGCAAAAAUGUUAAACCCGAAUAAACACAAUUGUAAAAGGCUUUUCAAAAUAAGCAUCUUAUAUAUGUUUGAAGAGACAGAUCUGGAUACACAUAUGCACAAUGAUGUGCACCAAAGUGGCAUAUCUUCCUGUGCAAAAGCUAUGAAAAAUCAUAUUUAAUAUACUUGGAGCAGCAUGUUAAUUGUAAUGACCAUUCUUCUGAACUACUUCACAGCUUCACUAACACUCGGAAGUUAAAUUGCUAGAAUACUGGUCUGAGACUUUUCCUUCUCUAAAACUAUCUUAAGAUGUUGCUGAAGAAUUGUCUAAUGUUUGUGUUUGAAGGAGAAACCAUAUGGUGUGGUAUGGCUUUUUUUCCUCUUCACAAUCACUUGCCAGCAUAGCAGAGAGUUAAAAGGUCACUCUAAUACCAAAAAUAACAGUAUUCCUUCCAGCACUGUCUAAAAAUUGAAUAGUUCAGCAGCCUUCCUGGCCUAUCAUUCAGGCCAGGUUUCGGAACUCUUAAGUAAGUUCAUGCAUGUGACAAAAAAAUAAUAGAUACAGAAUUUUCUUUGCUUUUUGAAAGCUUUUUUAAUACAGAGAGAAAAAUGCUCUAUUCCAGAGUGACAAGACAAGGGCAAGUGAUUAGUAAUUCAUUUUUUUAAUAAUGUAAUUUUUUCUGCCUUUUUACAAUGCUCUUUUUAAUUCUUUGUUGACUAAAAUCCAGGAACCAGUUCACACGUUUUCAAUCACUAGGUUUAAAAAAGAUUUCUGUUUUUCAAAGAACUCUCCACUAAGUCAAACUGUUCUCUUAGCUCAGGAAAUUAAUGGGCUCUGUCCAUUCCCAGUGGACAGGAUACUAAAAAUAUUGAUUUAAGCAAUUCUGUGUAUCUGCAACAAAGCUUUUGUUGGCUAUCAGUAGAAUUAGGAUUAUUGAAAUGCAACAUAUGUGCACUGCAGUAUUUAAAAUCUAGACUUGAAUUUUGUGUUUAAUCUCUCAGUAUCUAUUUUAUAUACAUCUAUGUUUAGGGACUAACAAGCUGCACUGGAGCUUUUUAAAUGUCUGCUGUUUUAUAAACUUUUUCAAACCGAGAGGCUAAUAUAGGUUAACAGCCAGAUGUCCUUGUAUAUGAUUGUGAGUACAUGCUCAUAGAAGCCAAAUCUUCUUAUUCAAACCUUUUUUUU